AUGACUUCCAACGAUGGGACGCCCAAGGCAGGGCUCCAUGACGCAAGCAUCGCGAAACCCGGCGCAAAAGACGCAGGACGAGACACGAAUAUCGCAGACAGCUUGACUUCCGUCUUAGAUGAUGUGAAACGCAACUGGUCACUGGCCGACAUCGUCGACUUCGUCCCCCCUCAAUUCCGCAACCAGGACAACACCGUGUACUUCACCUCCGAAAUGGCCGUGUCCUUGUUGACGCUUUCCACUGGUUUCCGGUUAGAAACAGUACAGCAAGGAAUCGUCACAGCUAUUGAGACGCGAUUACAACACCAUCCUACAGGGUCUCGAACUCUGCUGUUGCGCGACCUCAACGAGGUCAUGAAAGAAUUCCAAUGUUACCCGAUCAUUCCCAUAGUAGAACGAUCCGAGUGGCCUGUCAAGCAGCAUACAUUUCCCACCCCAGAUUCGUGUCCUCUGGCCGCUCCUUCCAUGACCUGUAAAUCCUGUAUAUUUUUGGGGAUAAAGUGCGACGCAACAAAGCCCCAAUGCGGACGUUGUCGGCACUUAGGACUAGACUGUGCAUACCCGGAAGCCUCUCUGACACCGAGGGGAAUGGAGCCUCCAGCUUCAGAGACAAUACCCACAGCAGCACCACGGGCUCAGAUGGCAGGGAUUGGGCAGGGUGGAGAAUCCAGACAGGUCAAUGGACGCGAAGAGCUGACCCCAUUCACCGUUAGGCGAUUCGAGGAAGGCUCGCACACUAUUGAAUCUGAAGUGAUGGUUGAGGAUGAUCUCGUCUUGUUAAGGCCUCUCGAAGAUCACGCCAGAGAUAAGGAGAGUCACUCAGAGAUGACGCUGAGACGAGCGAUACUUGCAAGAAAGAUGCAUCCCGGAGGUGAUAGUGAGCAGCAUCCGCCAAUUACAAGCCCUGUUGUCAACGUUGCGACCACGAACAUUUCGGUGGGGCCCUUACGACGUGGAAACCCCUUCGACAUCAACUGUAUCUUGGACAGGGCAGAUUUCGUGGAGAUCAUGGACGAUAUGGAUGCUGCCAAUGCGACAGACGAAACGGACACUCUUCGAGGUCAGGAGGAAAGCCUUCCAAAGAGAAGACGCCGAGCAUGCGAUACCUGUGUGUGGCGGCACCUACGAACCCGUCGCUCAUCUUCUCGUCUAAGAGAGCCGCCGGAAGAUAGGUCCGCCUCGCCAAAGAUUCACAUCAAAGACGAGCAUGUUGGAACCCGGAAUCCUCGCCAAAUUCAUCAAACUGCGGACCCUCUAGUUGACGCCUGCGAAAAUCACAGCAUGCCGCGGCCGCGGCACCCUAAAAUACCAUUCAACAGAUUAUCAUUUGAGAUGCAAAUAGAGAUGCUCAAGCGCAUCGAGGAAGCCGCCAAGAAUUGGAAUCAAGAAGCACUGCAUCUGUGCAUACCGCAUGAGAUUCUGCCUUGCAGAGUGAACGAGAAUGGGGAGAAACUUCUAGAGAAGGAAGAUAACCCAAAGGAAUGGGGACACACAUUCAUUAUAGACAUCUGGCAGCUUUCCAAGAAGACCAAAGGGGGGUUGCCUAGAGUACAAGAGUGCAUGAGGGCCGCACUCAGAGUGCUGAACAAGUCCAAUUUGACCCUUUUGAGCCUUCUAGAGGCUCGGAAACUCGUCUACCGAGAGCUUGGGAUCGAGAUCCUAACCCGAAAUUCUAAGGGAAGUCAGCAGGCAAAUUCUAUAUCUCCGCUUACUUCUAAGCUUGCACCUCUGCAUGCUCCUCAAUUCGGCCUUCAAGAGCCAGUCCGCUAUGGCUUGCCUACGCCGGAAAUUCGUAGGCCAAUAAACGGCCUACCUAGCUAUGAGCCGUUUGGCCGUGCUAGAGAUCACCAGCCAUCAAGGCAAUACGAAGCCGGUAGCGUUUCAUUCAAUGAAACCAUGCCCCUCGGGAACACAUACUUCCCAACAACCAAUCAGUACGAGCCCGGCUCCUGGGACCCGCCGUUCCCCACUGACCUAGGAGUCUCUCAUUCAUCGAAUCUCCCAUUUGGCGUUGCUAGAGCUCCAGCAAUAAAUGGCCCGGCGUUUGGGCGUCAAGUGUAUCAACCCCCUAGGCCUCUCUCUCAUUUCCCUACCUCGCCAAAUCGUCGACCAGUCGUGAACGGUGAACCACUCCGGGAAUGUCCCUUGGCCCUUGGACCCCGGGAACGUUCGGCCACCCAUGGGCCUCCAAUUAAGGUAGAGAAUAACUAUGAGCUUGCCGACAGUUUAGAUGCUAUUCCCGAUGAUCUAGGCUUGCUGAGGCUUGCCGAAAAGCACGCCAGACUUCAGCUGAGACUAGCGAGACUCGAAAGACAGAGGCAGCCCGGAGGUUACAGUGAGCAGCAUCCGGUGGACUUGACUCUGGAUGGCGACCGUCAGGAUGCUACCCGGACUACUCGACGGCGAGAUCGGGGGUCGUCGCAUGGUUUGCCGUCAGCGCCAGGCAAUCCGGCUAGUUCGCUAGAGACAUGA